AGACACCUUCCUGCCAUUUCAGCGAUGGCGGCGCCGCUGGGAGGCAUGUUCUCCGGGCAGCCCCCCGGCGCCCCGCCCCCGCCGCCGGGGCUCCCGGGCCAGGCUUCGCUUCUUCAGGCCGCGCCGGGGGCCCCGAGGUCUUCUCCGAGUACCCUGGUGGAUGAGCUGGAGUCGUCUUUCGAGGCUUGCUUUGCUUCUCUGGUGAGUCAGGACUACGUCAAUGGCACGGAUCAGGAGGAAAUUCGGACUGGUGUUGACCAGUGUAUCCAGAAAUUUCUGGAUAUUGCAAGACAAACAGAAUGCUUUUUUCUACAAAAAAGAUUGCAGUUAUCUGUCCAAAAGCCCGAGCAGGUUAUCAAAGAGGACGUGUCGGAGCUGCGGAACGAGCUGCAGCGGAAAGACGCGCUGGUGCAGAAGCACCUGACCAAGCUGCGGCACUGGCAGCAGGUGCUGGAGGACAUCAACGGGCAGCACAAGAAGCCCGCCGACCUCCCGCAGGGCUCCCUGGCCUACCUCGAGCAGGCGUCCGCCAACAUCCCCGCGCCCAUGAAGCAGAACUGAGGAAGGCCGCAGGGAAGGGUCUCUUCUCGCUUCUCGGUGGCGUGACAUUCGGGAACUCUGCCAGAGAACGAGAUGAUCUUAGCUGCAUGCUCCCACCUAAAAUGUUCCCCGUUUUCUAUAAGCUCUUAUUUUAUUACUUUAUACAAUGUGCAUUGCUUUGAUAAACCAAGUAAAUAUUCUUGUUUCUAGCA